AACCCAUAACCUCAUGGUUCCUAGUCGGAUUCGUUAACCACUGCGCCACAAUAGGAACUCCCAGAAACAGAAUUCUUGAAAUUCCUAUAUAUGUGGAGAAUGGAGAAAUUUCCCUGCAAGUCAAAAAUAAGACAUGUAUCACAAAUUCAAAUACGAAAAGGCUUUGAUAAAGAUACUAUUUUUUACCAAAUUUGUGUAACUACAAUAAAAAUCCCAGUAGGACUGUCUGACUGGACUAGACACAGUGUCUCUAAAACACACCUGAGAUAACACAUUCUCAAGAAUAUCCAAGAACACAGGAAAAAAAAAAACCCAAACCAAAAUACAAUGGAUGGAUUUCUUUCUUCGUUCCAUCCAUAUUACUGAAUACCUAUCAAGUGGUUAAAAAAAGAAAAACCACCCCGCAGGACAGUAUAAUUUUAAGGUCGACACUGGGUAAGUACAGAGGGGUCUCUUCUGCGGUACAGCAUGCAGCCUAACCACGUGGAGGCGGCAUCGUGGAGAGAUGCGGAAUACUGGCUGCGGAAAUGGGAGGCAGAGGGCAAACCAAAGAUGCUGCCAGGAGUGGCACAGGUGCACAAAACGCCCCUGGUAUUGCUCUAAGCCUGUGGGUGGUAAAUUAAAGGGACAUUCAUUCCAGAAGAGGAAAGACGAUGGAGAGAAAGGAAGGAACCCGGGCUUUGGAGUGAACGAGUCUGUGUCCGAAUCCCAUCCCUGCCCGCUGGUAGCUUCGCAAGCAGCUUGUUAGCUUCAGCAAGUGAAUCGACUCCUCUAAGCCUCAGUUGCUUUCUUCCUUAACACAGAUUUUACGGUGAUAUAAACUUCAUGGGAUUAUUCUGAGGAAAAAGUACGAUGAGAAAUGCAAACCACAGAGCAGAAAGAAAGAGAUGAAUGUAUAAAUCCCCAAGUAAGUGGGUAUGGAGACAAGGAUAAAAUAGAAAGGUGGAGGAGUUCCCGCUGCGGUGCAAGGGGAGUGGCAGCAUCCUGGGAGCCCUGGGACGCCCGUUCUGUCCCUGGCUUGACACAGCAGGUUAAGGAUCCGGCUUUGCCACAGCUGUGGCUUAGGUCACACUGUGGCUUGGAUCGGAUCCCUGGACUCUAUAUACCACGGGCGGCCAAAAAAAAAGGUAGAUGAUAAAAUAUCCCGAAUUACAAGGCAAGGGGAAAAACGUGGAGCUAGUCCAUCCUGAGGCUUUCCUACUCAGUAAAGAAAAGGUGAGGUUUUCCAUUCAAAGUAACGUAGAGGUGGUGUGGUCGGAUAGCGGGAAAAAUUGGGUUGAAAAAGAGGGAAUUUUACGGAGAUGCGUGGCAUAAGCUGUGACAUGACUUUAAGUCAGAGGCCGCCUUAGGAGUCCAGAGGACGUAGGAGAGCUGUGAUCACAGCAGGUCUGUAGCAUUCCUUGUAUGGAAUUCGUUCUAUCCUUGCUAGCCAAGCAAAGUCUGGAGCAGGAAAUAAGAUGCUAAAUUUACCCGCUUGGAAGAAAGAGGGACGAAUAGAGGCUGUCAGGAGAGUGUAGCUAUGCCAAGGGGCCAAAGAUAAAUGUCAGUCUGUGGGUCUCGGGCUGGGGAAGGAGGAUAAGGAGCCAAAAGAACACCACCUUCUCCAGGAGGGUUUACAGUGGGUGGGAGAGAAAUGUUCCAGAUAACGGCAACUUUUCAGGCUUGCCUACGUCAAGGUGCAGUGGAGGGAAGCAAAUGAAAGACCUAAGCAUUGCACCGAUUGCUGGCUGUGGUGCUGGGGCUUCCCUGGCCGAUGUCCGAGCUUAUGUUCUAGAAAGAUAAGACGACAAAGCUCCUGGGAAGCAGGAUGGGCUAAGGGACCUCGGGAAGCAGAGACCAGGAAAAUGCAUCAGCCUCGAAUGUGGUGGAAUGUUUACCAGAUGGUCGGUCCUGAGGCCCCCCACCCCGAGCAGGCUGUCCCCUGCGACCCGAUGGCUGCCUCUCCCUGGAUGACCGCCCUCCUCCUGGUCUCCUUCGCCUUGGCCCAGCCUGUCUGCUCAGGAAUAUUCAAACGGCGUGACUACUCUAGAUGGCCGGAGAAGCGACAGGCCGGGAAUGGCGGGGGCGGUCCGCCAGGCGUUAUUCAUGUGGCCUUUUAUGGUGUCUGCAGCCCCCCUGUGAAAUGUACUACCCGUGGGGUCCUCGGCGUGACUCAAUCUGUCCUGAUGUCACAGCACAUGUGUGUGCCACCAACGGCGAGACUUACAAGAAUGAGUGUUUCUUUUGUCUUGAUCACUGGGAAUUUGGUCCUUACGUUCAGUUUUAUAAAUAUGGAAAAUGUAAGUAGUGGGAGCAGAGUGCUCUCCUUGCUCACUCUUCCCACGACCUGACUCUGGAACUUCUUUCUUCUGGAAUGUGAGGGUUUCUAAUAAGUAACACCCCUCUACGCUGCGCCUAGAUUCAGAACAAAAUUGGAAACAAAUGAAAGAAAACUAACGGAGAAUGAAGUAUCCCACUUCUUACAAAUAAACGCAGUAAUGAAAGAAGAGAAAAAUACUCAUCUUUGGGUACCGAUCGCUCCAAAUCUGCUUUCAUUUUGCUUGGGUCUAAGGUCCGUUAUCACGUGGGCUAUGAACACGCUCCUGAGUCCAAUUUUUUAAAUUUAUUUCUGUAUGUAUUGCUUUUUAGGGCCACACCCGCAGCGUAUGGAGGUCCCCAGGCUAGGGGUCCAAUCGGAGCUGUAGCUGCCGGCCUACACCACAGCCACAGCAACGCUGGAUCCAAGCGGAGUCUUUGACCCACACCACAGCUCACAGCAAUGCUGGAUCCUUAACCCACUGAGCGAGGCCAGGAAUCAGACCCACGUCCUCGUGUGUCCUAGUCCGGUUCGUUAACCGCUGAGCCACAAAGUGAACUCCCUCCUGGAUCCAAUUUAGCCGGAACUGUCGACUCGCCUGCAAAGUCAGACCCUGCCCCGUAAUCUCACUUAAAGACAGGACCAGAAGAGAAAAGACCCCUUACACACAGACCCACAGUUGUUUGAGGCUUUCUACUUCGUACUCAUGAAGGAAGCCCACCUUCAGGAGGAGAGAAAAAGGUCCACGUGCCAACAGCGGGAGAGGAGCCACGAGUCUGGGGGCACACCUGCUUUUGCGAGAGAGGGAGAGCGUGCCCAUCACUGGACCCCCGUUCCAGGAUUCCCAAUUCUUACUCCCUGCCCUCGUGCCUGUUACAGUGGUCAGUAAAUUCCCUUCCCUUUUCCUGCUCA